AUGAUUCGCACCAUACAAAAGCUUGUGGAUCCUGAAGACGUGGAUGUUGUUCUACCCCACGAGCAUGUACUGCACAAUAUUGGAGCGAAUGUAGCAAUUAUUUCAUCGCAAAAGAGCUUAGAGAUUCGUAUUGAGGAUUUGAUUGACUAUCGUCAUGCUCCUUUUGCCCAUGGAGGCCGCAACAUGUUGCUUCAAAAUGAAGACGAAGCGUUUCGAGAACUGGAACGAUUACAGCGAAGUAAUAGCUCAAAACAAGUAAUUUUAGUCGUUGAUGUGACGUUGCCAGUUGAAGGACGUGAUCUUUUAGUAAACAAGCGAUUGAGCUUAGCUAAGAGACUGAAAGAUGUGCAUUUACUCACGGUCUCGACGGUCGAGACUACGCUAAUGAACGACAUUGUUAACUCUGGACUGUCAAUUGAAGACCAAAGUGAGCGAAUUGCCAACAUGCUUGAAGCAGAGCUAAUUUAUGGAAUCAAAAGGGAGGAAUGUGUGGCGUAUCCUGGUGCAAUAUACCAACAAAUUGAAUUGAGUGGUAAAAAGAUGAAUGCACAGGAGCAAGUUUUGAUUCGCGGACUGGCAAUGGCACAAGCAAGGACGCAUGCUCCAGUAUAUUUGUCAUUUUCCGUAGACGAGAAGAUAGAACCUUUCAACUUCAAGGAUAUAAUUCGAGAGUGGAUCAAAGUGCUGACAGAUGCUGGAGCUGAGAGGAGGAAGCUUGUUUUGUGCCACGCAGAUCGUUAUUGUCAUGGAGAGUCCGAGGGAUCUGACUUAUCGUUUCUUAUUGAGCUACUGGACUUCGGUAUUACGAUUCUUUUUGACACGAUCGGUCUGUUAGCGUUGUCUUUCGAUGAGGAUUGCAACUUUAAUAAAGGCCAAGCCCCACUAUCAUCUCCAGAUGCUCUUGUCUACCAACGUGCAGCAGCGGAUUCAGUACCGACGCUACGCGGCUCAAUGGAAGCAGAUGGUGUGCAAGAAUGUCGUGGACCUAUUGUCGUGGUACAUUCCCCCUAA